AUGCUAGUGACCCCCGAAUCAGCUAUUACGGAGGAUUUCAUGACAUUUUUGAACCGCCAGCGGCUAUGUCAUCGGCUAGAUCGCAUUGUGAUCGAUGAAUGCCACGUCGUAUUAAACGAUCAGACCAAUUUCAGGCCCGCCAUAGCUCAAUUAGGUCGAUUACUUAUGGCUCAGGCUCAGAUGAUAUAUUUGACUGCCACGCUGCCACCGACGGCCGAAAACCAGCUAUUUCAACGGCUACGCACGUCGCGAGAGAAGGUCCAUUUAUUUCGGGCACGCACCCAUCGCAUGAAUGUCGCGUACCGGCUAUGGCAGCCCACAGUGCCGAACCAAUACGCCAAUAGCUACGAUUGGGUAGAGGACCCCAAUAUAGUACGAUUUAUUAGAGAUCGUAUUACGCGCGCGCGUGCUCAGGCCGGCCGAGUGGUCAUUUACGGGCUCACCACUAAGACUGUCGAUAAACUGGCUAAGGGCUUCGAAUGUGAGGCAUAUCACAGCCAUACGAUCGAUCGCCAUAGCGUACUAGCCCGUUUCCAGGCCGAUCCCAUAGGGGUAGUGGCCGCUACUAGUGCGCUAGGAAUGGGUGUUGAUAUACCCAAUAUUCGCAGUAUUAUUCACAUUGGGUUACCACGUAGCUUAUUAGACUACGCGCAAGAGAGCGGCCGUGCUAGCCGAGACGGACUUCGCAGUGAGGCCAUUAUUAUUCAACCCCACGGGUUUUUACGGCCAAAAUGGGACCCAAUUCAUAAAGACCCCGUGAAAGCUCAGGCGGAGCAAAGCCGGCUAGACCGAUAUAUAUCUCAAGACUGCCGACGCGUCAUACUUGACGAGUAUUUGGAUAGCUAUCAACGUCAGUAUUGUGGAGAAUCUGAUAAUACAGAGCAGCGCUGCGAUAGGUGUGACGAGCAUUGGCAGGCAAAUGAAGAGGUAGCAAGUGAGCUAGCACAUCAGCUAGGAAGUGAGCCAGCACGUCAGCUAGGAAGUGAGCCAGCACGUCAGCUAGGAAGUGAGCCAGCACGUCAGCUAGGAAGUGAGCUAGGA